AUGGCAGCUAACAAAAGACUGGUAUAUUUUUUAGCGUUCCUUGUUAUUGUUUUACCCGUUAUUACUGGAAUACUUGUUUGGAAACUACUGCCUCAGUGUGACGAAGGUGCAGAAAAUGGAUCGGCAGGAAAAGUUCAGCAACCGACGACAACGCCACUAGCAGACGGCAAAAGUACAGCUAAUCCCGGAAGUGCUUCUAAGACGACGACGGUAGAUCCCCAUGGUGAUGGGCCUUGGCAUAAUCUGCGCUUACCUUCGUCUGUACGCCCUGUCCAUUAUGAGCUGUCACUGUUUCCGGAUUUUUACGACGAUGAAAGCACGUUUUACGGCAAUGUUUCCAUAGAAAUAAGAGUGACCGAAGAAACUCGCGUGUUGAUGGUCCAUGUUCUGUACCUGAACAUUUCGAGCACAAGGGUCGUAGAUGCGUUUUCUAGAAAUGUAGCGAUCAAACGAACAUUUGAAUAUCACCCAAACCAAUUCUGGGUCAUUGAAACAGUUACCGCUAUUCCGGCCAACUCGAGUGUUCAACUUCAGAUUGCAUUUAGUGGCUCUCUGAAGAGGUCUAUUGUUGGGUUUUACAAAAGCACCUACAUGAAUGAUAUUACAAAGAAAAGCAGUUCCAUAGCGACUACAAAGUUCGAGCCCGUGAACGCGCGACGGGCGUUUCCGUGUAUGGACGAGCCAAACAUCAAGGCCGAAUACACAGUGACUCUGAUACAUCGUCGGGGGUAUACUGCUCUAUCUAACAUGCCAGUGCAGAGUUCCUCCCACUGGUCUGAGGACAGCUCCCUGGAAGCUACUAGAUUUCUGCGAUCCGUAAAAAUGAGCACCUAUCUCGCCUGCUUUAUCGUCUGCGACUUCAAAUAUCUAGAAGGAAUAACCAAUUCUAAUGUCAAGGUUCGACUGUACGCACCACCAGACCGGGUAAAUCAGACACGCUACGCCCUGGAGGUGGCGCUCACCGCUGUUGAUCUGUAUACGGACAUGUUCGAUAUUUCCUACCCGCUUCCAAAAUUGGACCUUAUAUCGAUUCCCGACUUUGUAUCCGGCGCAAUGGAGAACUGGGGGCUGAUCACGUUCAGAGAGACGAACAUCUUGUUUGACCCGCGCCAAGCAUCCGCCGCUAACAAGCAGCGCGUAGCUACCGUCGUGGCGCACGAGGUGUCACAUCAGUGGUUUGGUAACCUGGUAACGAUGGAUUGGUGGCAGGAUCUGUGGCUAAACGAGGGGUUCGCUUCAUUCAUGGAGUAUCUAGGAGCAGACAAACAUGAACCGGACUGGAAUAUGCCAGCUCAGUUCCUCCUCGAAGACGAGCAGCCGGUGAUGGAGACGGACGCCGGAGUAUCGUCGCAUCCUAUCGUCGUCCACGUGACAGACCCUGCAGAUAUCAACGCCGUAUUUGAUUCAAUAUCAUACAGCAAGGGUUCCUCAGUUAUCCGUAUGUUGGAACAAUGGAUGGGUCGAAAGCAGUUCUUCGGCGGCAUCAGUCGCUACCUCAACACUUACAAGUACAGAAAUGCACAGACGGAUGAUCUCUGGGAAGCGUUAGGACAGAUACAAGGAUCCUCAAAAAACCACAGUGUAAAGGCUGUCAUGGACACGUGGACAAAGCAAAUGGGACUUCCGGUUCUCAUCGUGACCGUGUCCACGGACGGACGGACAAUCACACUUACACAGAGCCGUUUUCUUGCUGACAAGACCGCCACGUUUGACCCAAACGACUCUGAAUUCCGUUACAAGUGGUACAUCAAGGUUGACUUGAAAACAAACAAGGGAGACAAAUACGAUGUGUGGAUGGAGAAAACGGACUCAGUGACAUUAUCGGCCAACCAACUGGGGUUUUCGUUGCACAAUCCCAACUCCUGGGUGAAGUUCAACAUUGAUGGGAACGGGUUCUACCGCGUCAACUAUCCAGUUGAAUGGUGGAGAAGAAUAUCCGAUGUUCUUAGUACUAAAACAUUUGAUUUUACUCCUUCUGACAGAUCUAACUUGAUAAACGAUGUUUUCAAUCUUGCACGAGCCGGGCUGCUAAGCUAUGACGUUGCAUUGGAUAUGACGUCAUAUUUAGACAAGGAGGACGAUUAUCUCCCUUUGGAAAGUGCACAAAGCGGACUGAGCUAUAUUGCUGCCAUGCUUGAAUUUACUGGAGAUUAUGAACUGCUACAGCAAUAUAAAGUUCAGAAAGUGUCGGCUUUGUAUAGCAAACUGGGUUGGAAUGACUCCGGAACUCAUCUUGAAAAGCUACUUCGGUCCACGGUGAUUGCGCUCGCGUGUGGCAAUGGUCAUGUGGAGUGCAUCAGAACUGCCCAGCAGAAAUUCCAGGACUGGCUAUAUCUCAAUACCACAAUACCACCCAAUCUGCGUUCACUGGUGUACACGUACGGAAUGCGGGCCUCGGACUCGUCACGUGACUGGUACGUCACCUGGCAACGAUAUCUUGACGAGCCCGUGCCACAAGAAAAGACCAAACUACGGUCGGCUCUGGCGAAAACACACUCUAUUCCGCUUCUGAUGAAAUAUAUUGAGAAUGCUAAGAACGAGUCGUACGUGAGGUCCCAGGACUAUUUUACUGUGCUCUCUUAUAUCGCCGGUAACCGAGUUGGGAGGAGCCUAGUGUGGGACUGGGUCAGGAAUAACUGGCAGUACCUCGUCGACAGGUUCACCCUUUAUUCGAGAUAUUUUGGAAGGCUUCUACCAAGUGUUAUCUCAGACUUCAACACAGAGUAUCAACUGGAAGAGGUUGAAUCGUUUUUCGCCAAGUACCCGGAUGCUGGUGCGGGAUCGAGCGGCCGGAAGCAAGCACUAGAGAGCAUCCGGCGGAACAUCAACUGGAUGGCCGAAAAUAAAGACACUGUGGUCGCCUGGCUCCAGAAACACGUACAGCUCUAACAGUAGCUGGAUCGGUCUUCCUUUUUUCUAAAACAUUUUACAGCAAUGCGAUGAAUGGAUUAUAAAACGCGCUCAUUUACUUGAUGUUGCUCUACUGUGAUGAAAAUGAAAGUAGACAUUUGUUUAAUAAAAAGAUUAUACUUCAGAA